AUGAAGUUCACUGCUGCUGCUAGUCUAAGUCUAACUAUUGCAACCAUUGCAACGGUUGCAACUGCCGAAGAAUCCGCCACGGAUGCCACCCGCGACUAUAGCGGCGUUACUGGUGAAGUCAUCAAUGAAAGGGUAGACAACGACUUCACUGAGGAUAUCGUCUACGAUGGUACUUGCGCCGGACAAUCCGCGUGUCUUGGCUUUACCGUCCACGAAGUGCAACGAAGGUGCGGCUCGGGAAGCUGCGAAUUCACCGUCUGUUACCAAACCGAAGUCGGUUACGUUGCUGCUGAUAAGUACUACGAGGUCUUUUCGAAGAAUGUCGAAUCUGACCGCAGCAACAUGGACGAAGCCACGGAAGCGGCUCUGGAAGCCUCCAAGGAAACCUGCAAGCUUCACCCUGAUUACGGUGUGGAUUACGCUGGAAACAUGCACACGGAGAGCUUUUCCGAUGAAGGAGGUUGUCAAAAUGCUGAUAACCCCAGCGGAAAGGGUUACUGGGAUGAGACUUGCAUCAACCCAGAAACCGCCGAUGCUUCCAGUGGUAUCGUUACCAGCACUACUGGUUCCAGGUUCUCUAGAUUCUGUCAAGUUGCCUACCCCGGACAGACGGUGCAUUUCAUGAUGCACUCCUACAACCGAUUGGAUUGGAAUGGGGAGAACCCCACCCCAGUCACUUGCUCUGGUUCCGCAGAGAUUGGUGCUCUCGACGGAGACGAUGCCAAGUGGGGAAAGAGCCAGUGCGCUCCUUCCACCAGCAACUCCACUGCUCCCAAGGGACAGACCUUCUUUCCCGCCACGGAUGGAUCUACCGGAGGAACUUGCUCCGAGGAACCCGAAGGCAACGAGUGCGUCUGGUCCUACACGGCCCCCACGGACUGCGCCUACGAAGAGAACUACCCCACCUGUUACAUCACCCAAGAGUCGGUGGAUACCGUGGACACUCUCUGCGGUGCUUCGGCUGGACCAGUCGUGGAAUACUUCGAACAUGCCAACAACCCCAAUGGUCCUCCUCCACGCGUCCCCCUUCACGACAUUGUCAUGAAUGGCGAUGGUACCGUGUCCUUCAAGAUUUACAAUCCGUAUGGAAACUAUGCCGAACCCAUCAACUACACUUCCACGGAACACUUGUACAAAGGAGAUGACUUCCACAACAUGUACGUGGUUUACGAUCAAGCCAACGAAAUUGGUAAUGAAGUUUGUGACUUGCAACCAGGUUCUGGCAAGUGCGCUACCGAUGAAGAAUACACAGCCAAGUGCCGUUCCGAUGGUGUUGCCAUUGUUACCGUCUUUGCCUCUGGUUUUGAUGAAACUUCUGGCGCCGCCCAAGACAUUACCAAUGGAUCGGGAACCGACGUCUUUGAAUGUUGCCCUGCCACCUACCAACCACUAGAUCACUACAACACGGCACAAACGGCUGCCUGGACUUUCUUGGUCCACUGCGAGUGUCCCGAAGACGAAGAAGCAGACCCCGAUCGUCUUCGUCGUCGUAACUUGAGUGAAAGCGUUUCGAACAAGUUCCAAAAUGGAAAACUCUUUACCGAGAACCAAAAGAAGCUUCACAAUUUGUUGUAA